UCAUAUUCCCCUCUCUCUCUCUCUCUCUCUGUGCACCAAGAUGCUUCCAAGGUUCAAGAGCCCCUUCAGAUUGGAAGAUAGCUAUGGAGGCCAUGCGUGCUCAGAAAAGAAGUCAUUAGCUGUUGGGUUGCGAAUCCUUGUACAGAUUUCACAUGGUGAAUCCAACAUCCUUGUGAAAUCCGCGUUGAGGAGCUGCAAGCCCUCCUCUCAGACCAAACCCCUUGAAUAUUCUUGCUUUCUGAAAACAUGUCAAUUAUGCAACAAGAAAUUAUGCCCCGAUAAAGAUGUGUACAUGUACAGGGGAGACCAAGGCUUUUGCAGUAUAGAGUGCCGGAGCCGACAGAUUGCUUUGGAUGAAAUGAGAGAACUAGAAACUUCCACCAAGAAAAUGGUGGCAUCUUAUAGGCAUCGCUGCAACAUCGGCCCAAGUGAGACUCAGAUCCUCCUAGAAGAACUCCAACAGAGGCGCGAGCACAGGUCUAUCCGUUGCCAACGAAAUUGGGCGAUAGUGUCAUAGAUUCAUAAAUACAAGUCGGGUUGAGCUUUAUACGAGGCAGGCUCACGAGCUUCUAUCGAAGUUUGUCGAGCCCGACGGAUUGUCGAACGGAUUUAUUUAUUUACUCCCCUAAUACUUUAUAAUCCAUACACCCUUCUAUUACUAUUUAACUUCAGGUUUAGAUCCGAAGCUAAUAAGUAUGAUGAAGAUGAUCGGUGGGAACAGAAAAGUUUUUAGGAGUAGGGAUUUGUGUCGCAUGUGUUUUGCUGUUUCUGUGAGUGUAAAAAACAGCUAUUUUCGACCGAAAAGAAGCGGUACUUUUGUUUCCAAUUCGAUUGUAAGAUAAUUAUGACUUAUCCUU